UAUUCUGGUUUUUGGAAAUUGAUCGUCUUAAUUUCGCUGGAAUUAAAAAAUUUAUUAGUGAGAAAUGCAUUUAUAAAACCACGACUAAACGUAGAAAAAAAUGCAAAAUCUUUAGAUAACGUCAAAAUUAGAAUAAAGUCAAAAUUUUUGUGUGCAUUCAUUUAAAUCAGAUCAUUUGCAAAAAUGCCGUGUGAUGGGAAAAACCCGAAUUGCGAUAAGAGACGGGAAUUGUUGUCACAAUUAAAAUGUUUGAUCAGUUCUAUGGACAAAAAAAAACCAUGCGAAUGGGAUGAGCCGUUUUGUCCACCUCCCGUUGUCUGCCCCGUUUCACCUUGCAAUGGAUUACCCUGUUGCAGUCCCGUCAAACGAUGCAAAAGCUACGAGUUCCGAGCAAGUAUUUUAUAUAGAUGCGAGUGUAUUAAGAGGAACGGCUUGCAAGAUAGGUGCAUGAUGUGGGAUUGCAUGGGGAGACCAGAGUGUAUGACGAAAUUGUACCCUGUUUGUGGUCCAGGCCAAUACGCGUUAUUGAAAUUAACGGAUUUAGGAGAUGUUGAAGUUGCUUUAAGGAAAUUCUAUUGCACCGAUAAAGCCCGUGAAGCUGCUUUGGCGGCUUAUUGUAGAUUAGUUUGUGGCAAUGGCAGAGACCUCUGCUGCGACCCGUGUCCGCCAUGUCCUCCAAAUCCAUGCCCACCUCCUGCAUGUUGUCCACCACCUAUAUGUUGCCCGCCGCCUGCAUGUUGCCCGCCGCCUGCAUGUUGUCCACCACCUAUAUGUUGCCCGCCACCUGCAUGUUGCCCGCCGCCUGCAUGUUGUCCACCAACUCCAUGUUGUCCACCUUGUAUUUCUUGUUGCAUACCAACGCCAUCGGUACCGCCUUGUAUAUCCUAUAAAAUUGCCGUACCAUGUCCUCCACCAUGUCCUCCUCCAUGUACACCGCCAUGUGCUAUACCAUGUCCUCCACCGUGUCCCCCACCUUGUCCUCCACCAUGUCCCCCACUAUGUCCCCCAUCGUGCUGUCCACCAUGUCCUCCAUUAUGCCCUCUACCCUGCUGCCCACCUUGUCCUCCGCCAUGCCCUCCGCCAUGUCCUCCACCAUGCCCUCCACGAUGUCCUCCGCCAUGUUAUCCACUAUGUCCACCAUGUUGUGUUCCGUCAUGUCCUCCACCCUGUCCCCCAUGCUGUACCCCAGCAUGCCCUCCACCAUGCCCUCCACUGUGUGCACCAUGCUGUCCUCUACCAUGUCCACCGCCAUGUCCACCACCAUGUCCACCACCAUGUCCACCUUGCUGUCCAGCGCAAUGCCCGCCUCCAUGUCUACCAUGUAUACCCUAUUGUUCGCCGUGUCCCCCACCGUAUGUUUUUUGUGAUCCCCCAUGUGUCCCCUGUUAGUUAUGAUAAAUCCUGUGCUCCAAAUUUAUUCACGUUGAAUAUUGCAAUUAUUUUGUAAACAAAUCAAAUAGAAUUGUUACUUUUUCGAUUCAAUAAAAGUAAAUGUUAAACAAU